UACUGAAACUUUCGUUGUGCCCGGUAUAUAUAGAGUGAAUUCUCUUGAAUUCAAUUCAAUUCAAUUCAUUCAUUUAUUGAUCAUCUUCUCCCUUCCUCUACUUCCUAUGAACAAAAGGAAUGUGUAGACAUAUAUAACACAUCUAUAUCUACUAUAUCCACAUACUACCCCCCCCCCCCCCCCCCCCCCCCUUGUUCUGUGUUGUGUGGUGUGUCUAUUUGAUUGAAUGCUGAUUUUAUCCCCCGCAGCAUCCGUCCGGUUGUAAGUUUCAUUAACGUUAGAUUCAAUCUGAGAAAAGUGGAUAAGAAGGAUCUCUUAAUUUGCUCCACUUCUUUAGGGACUUAUCAGUCUCCUAUUUCUUCUGGAUAAUAUUUGUGACUUAGUCUUUCUAAGUUUUUUAGCUCUCUUUCACUACAAUAUUGACCAAUGAGUUUCCUCUAUUUUAGCUGUGUACCCUAUCUCCCACAAUUCUUGAAGUAGAUAAAAGGGAAAGACCAAGAAACAGUUUUAAGAUAUCGUUAUUCAUUCAAAAACCAUCACCCCUCCCUUUCCUUUUAGUUUAACUAUUGUGACCCUAGUGUUUGAUGGACUACUUGAGGGAAAUACAAGGCAAGACAACCCAUGAUCCUUAUUUCAACAACACCAACAAGAUGAUGAUGCCGAGAUGUGUAGUGGUUAACGGGCCGGUGAUUGUGGGAGCAGGGCCAUCAGGUCUUGCGGCCGCAGCAUGUUUGAAAGAGAAAGGAGUAUCAAGUUUGGUAUUGGAGAGAUCUAAUUGCAUAGCUUCUUUGUGGCAACUCAAGACGUAUGAUCGUCUGAGUCUUCAUUUGCCUAAGCAAUUCUGUGAACUCCCUCUCAUGUCAUUCCCUGAUGAUUUCCCUACGUAUCCCACCAAGCAACAGUUUAUCAAGUAUUUGGAGCUAUAUGCUAUGACGUUUGAUAUUCGACCUGUUUUUAAUCAAACGGUCGUAUCGGCUAAUUACGAUCACAAAAUUGGGUUGUGGAGGGUGAAGACGGAGACAAAGACAACUACAACGACUAUGACUACAGAAUAUGUUAGUCGGUGGCUGAUCGUGGCAACGGGUGAGAAUGCGGAGGCAGUGGUACCGAAAAUCGAAGGAAUGGAGGAAUUUGGAGGAAGUAUAAUGCAUACUAGCUUCUACAAAAGUGGGGAAAUAUUUAGAGGGAAAAAAGUGUUGGUAGUUGGAUGUGGGAAUUCAGGAAUGGAAGUGUGUUUGGAUCUCUGUAAUCAUGAUGCAAGUCCUUCACUCGUGGUCAGAGAUACUGUGCACGUCCUACCACGAGAGAUGCUGGGUAAAUCAACUUUUGGUCUAUCGAUGUGGUUACUAAAGUGGUUGCCCAUGCGACUUGUCGAUCGGUUACUGUUGAUUAUUUCUCAGUUAUUGCUCGGUGACACGGCUCGACUCGGCUUGGAUCGGCCUGAAAUCGGGCCGUUAGAGCUAAAAAACUUGUCCGGAAAAACCCCGGUGCUCGACGUUGGAACGCUUUCUAAGAUUAAAAGUGGUGACAUUAAGGUAUGUCCUGGAGUUAAUAGAUUAUUAGAGCAUCACAAGGUGGAAUUUGUGAACGGCCGAACAGAAGAAUAUGAUGCAAUAAUCUUAGCAACUGGUUACAAAAGCAAUGUGCCCUCGUGGCUAAAGGAAAGUGAGAUGUUCUCAAAGAGAGAUGGUCUACCAAAAAGGCCAUUUCCCAAUGGCUGGAAAGGAGAGUGUGGGCUUUAUGCAGUGGGGUUCACUAAACGUGGUUUGCUAGGUGCUUCCAUGGAUGCUAAGAAAAUUGCAGAACACAUUCAUCAUCAAUAUGUUCAAUAAAAACAAUUUGAUGGUACUAUUAAUAACCUCCCCACAAAAAAUAAGUGUUAGUACCAGCAGUUUCGAUCCUACAAAUGAAGAAAGAGUUGGAAGAAACAAAAAGGGUGAAAGAGAAAAAGAAGAUCAAGAAUAUCCUCUUACAACAUCCAUUUGGAAAAAAGGGAAGAAACAGGAGGAUUUUUGUGGGGAUGCUUCAUCAUCAAAAUCAUCAAAAUUUAGCUAGUGUAUACACAUCUUGUACAUUUUUUAAUAUUUUUUUUCUUGCCAAUUUUCUCUUAUUAAUAUUAGGUAUGACAUUCUUAGGGGAAAAAAAGGAGAGUUAGGCUUUUUUUGUUUUUUUAUGAGUUUGGCUAUAUGAGUGUUAGAUUACUAAUAUUCAAGUCGUUUUUUGGUUUAUGACAACACAACAAGAAAAGAUCAUUUUUCUUCAUUUCUUUUAAUUUCUGUUUUUUUAAAAGACAGAAAAUCAUUUUCUCCCUUUUAUUGUUAUUGGUAGAGCUGUGAGGUUGGUGAUUUUCCAAGUAGGAUUUUGGUGUUUGUAUGGAGAGGACUGCAUGUCGAGGGAGAAUAUAAUUAAAUACGAUGGCGAAAUUUACGUA